UCUAAUUUUUAGUUUGAUAAAAACCGGCUUUGUUAGAGUAUAUUGUAAAAAAAAUCGUUUAUUUGAAUAGUAAAAUUUUAAUAUAAUUUUGUGUGAAUUCAACAACAAAAGUUUCAAUGAGCUCUUGGUCGCGUAUGCAACGGGUUGCAACGACGGCCAUCGGUGCUGCCGGUGGAGCGAUUGCUUUUUGGUAUGGCUCGCAAGUACUAUCGGAACGAAAGGUUCAUAAUUCUUGGACUACUAAUUUCGUAGUUUCCGAAUGUGGCAAAUGGGAUCACAACUGGGAUCAUCGAGAUCCUGCAAGUUUAAUCAAACCGGUGGACGACUCGGCAGAUCCUAGCCUACAAAAUCGGUAUAAUGAAAAACUGGAGAAGAAGCGUUCGAAGGUAACCCGCCAUUUGAUUUUGGUCCGUCAUGGUCAGUACAAUAUGGAUGGGCGAACCGAUUCCGAGCGUUAUUUGACUGAGAAAGGUAGAAAACAGGCCGCUCUCAGUGGAGAUCGUCUCAAACAUUUGGGAAUCGAUUUCGAUAAGAUUAUUCGCUCUACGAUGACACGAGCUCAGGAAACUGCCAAGAUAAUAUCACUAUCACUACCAGAACUGAAAAUGCACGAUGAUGUCAUGCUUGAAGAAGGGGCACCGAUUCCACCGGAACCUCCUGUUGGUCACUGGCGGCCAGAGAUAUCGCAGUUCUUCGAAGAUGGAGCUCGAAUCGAAGCUGCCUUUCGGAAGUACUUCCAUAGAGCAGAGGCGGAUCAAAAACAGGAUAGCUACACCCUAAUUGUGUGCCAUGCAAAUGUAAUACGAUAUUUUGUUUGUCGAGCUCUACAACUACCGCCUGAGGCGUGGCUGAGAAUAUCACUAGGCCAUGCGUCGUUAACGUGGAUCUCAAUUAUGAACGACGGCAGAGUCACACUUCGGAACCUAGGAGAAACGGGUCACAUUCCACUGGAGCUGCUGAGCAGAUAAGUUCGCCAUUGUCCACUACGUAUUACAGGGAAACGCGUUAUAAAAUAAAAUAGUGUUUUAUUGAGUUCUGUAAGUUGAAUGUUGCAUGCAAUAAAAAAAACAAUUUUCUUUCAAAA